AUGGCGAUGGACACUAUGGCUGUUGAGAUGCCAGAUUUGGCCACACCAGCUCCGAGACCACUUGUUGAAACUCAAGAGGAAAAAUAUGAACGUCUGUUACGGCGUGCGCGCAGCGAGGACUUGAGCGAAGUGUCCGGUAUCGGGUGUCUCUACCAGAGCGGCGUGGACCGUCUCGGGCGACCUGUCGUCAUCUUCAUUGGAAAGUGGUUUCCUAUCGCGGAUAUUGACUUAGACAAGGCACUGCUCUACCUGAUAAAACUGCUGGACCCAAUAGUCCGAGGCGACUAUGUGAUCGCGUACUUCCACACGUUGGCCUCCUCCGGAAACCAUCCGCCCUUCUCAUGGCUCAAGGAGGUCUAUACGGUGCUGCCUUACAAAUAUAAGAAGAACUUGAAAGCUUUCUACAUCGUGCAUCCCACGUUUUGGACAAAAAUGAUGACGUGGUGGUUCACGACGUUCAUGGCUCCGGCCAUCAAGGCCAAGGUGCACAAUCUUCCCGGAGUGGAGUACCUCUACAGCGUCAUGCAGCCGCAUCAGCUCGAAGUGCCUGCCUUCGUCACGGAAUACGACAUGACGAUAAACGGCAUGCACUACUUCCAACCUGAAACGAAUAACACGUAA